AUGUCGCCUUUUUUAAUUGUAAUAUUACUUUGUAUAAUAGCAUAUAAGUUUUACGAUUUUCUCACUUGUGUACCACCAAACUCACCACCUUGUAUUCCACGACUACCAAUAGUGGGAUCUUACUGGCAUUUAUUAUGGCACGAUUACAAGUAUCCUUACAACGCAGUUCAGUAUUACGUGAAUAAAUUACAAUCUAAAGUUGUUACAUGUUACUUUGGUAGUUUUAUGGCUAUUAUUGCGAAUGAUUACAAAAAUAUCAGAGAAGUAUUGUCGAGGGAAGAUUUUGAUGGAAGACCGACCGAGAUAGAUGUUUUCCAAGCAAGAUCUUUCGGGAAGAAAUUAGGCAUCUUUUUCAACGAGGGUUCAUUCUGGCAAGAACAAAGAAGAUUUACUCUUCGACAUAUGAGGGAUUUUGGAUUUGGCAGAAGACAUGAAAAGUACGAAACGGACAUGAUGGAAGAAGUUUCAAUCCUUAUUAAGAUGUUAAAAGAAGGCCCGAUUAAUGACAAAGAAAAGACGUUCUUAAAAAAUGGUUCUGCACUUUUCCCGGACAUCCUGUAUCCAUACGCCGCGAACAGUAUAUGGGACAUUGUGUUCGGCGAAAUAUUCGAUCGUUCGGAACAUGACAAACUGAGAUAUUUUUGUGAAUCUGCUAUGAGUUUUCAAAGAGCUGCUGACACUACUGGCGGGGCGAUUGUCUCAUUAUGGUACUUAAAGUAUUUCGGAAAUAUGUUUGGAUACCAAGACAUUGUAAAAUCAAAUUAUCGUAUGGUAGAUUUUAUCAAGGAACGUGUAGAAAAUCGAAAAUACUUAGAUAAUGAAGAUAGGGGGCUGAUAGACAGAUAUUUGAAACAAAUACAAGAAAAGAGCAACGUGAAAUCUACUUUCUCAGACGAACAACUUCUUAUAACUCUUGUGGAUUUCAUGUUCCCAGCUUUAUCUGCGAUGCCAAGUGCUCUUGUGCACGCAAUGAAACUUGUUAUGCAUAAUCCAGAAGUGUUAAAAAAUAUACAAGAGGAAAUAGACAGGGUGGUUGGAUCCGGAAGACUCGUUACGUGGGAAGACAGAACAAGUUUACCGUAUACUGAAGCAACAAUACGCGAAGCGCUUCGAUUCGAAACGAUAACGCCAUUUGGUGUGUUUCAUAAAACCUUAAACGAUACUACUCUAAGCGGUUUCGAUAUUCCCAAAAAUACAUUGAUUGUCACAAAUUUAACGGCGCUAAAUACCGAUCCUGAAUUCUGGGGUGAUCCCGAAAACUUUAGACCUGAAAGAUUCCUCAAAGAAGAUGGCCAGUUGGGAAAAGAUUUCACGUUCGUUUUUGGAUUGGGGCACCGCGUAUGUGCGGGGGAAACGUUUGCCAGAUAUAACAUGUUUGGAGUAUUUGCUGCGUUGAUGCAGAAUUUUAAUUUUUCCUUUGUGAAGGGAGAACCGACAAGUCUCCAAGACAAACUGCCCGGUUUAAUCACUACACCAAAGGAAACGUGGAUUAAAGUGGAACAACGUACUUAA